GCGUCUGAAGCGUUUUGCCUUAUUCGUACGCGAUAGAAGGCGCGGCUCUUGGAUUGAGCUGUAGCAAUUGUCGCUCAGCGCGGUUGGCGGAGGAGGCAUCUUAGCAGCAGCAUUCCCUCGGCUGGAGUUGACUUUUGAGUCAACUCCAAAGUCCGCUCGGCGCGGUCGCCGCACGAGACAGCUCAGCAGCAGCAUUCACCCACUCGUCGCGCGGUCGACACGAUUUUUUAGUCCGCUCUGCUUGGUCUCGCAUUUACUCCUCUCGAGCUGAUUUCUGAGUCGAGUCCAAAGUCCGCUCGGCGCGAUUGCCGCACGAGACGGCUUUGAGCGCGAUACAAGUGAGCCCAGGAGCGGGUGCGAGUGACGUGCAGCAUUUACUCGCAUAGACUUGGGAGAUUCGAGACUCGCUUAUAUCGAAUCGAGUCAGUGUUGUGCGUGCAAUGGCGUCGACUGAGACUAUAACGGGUACAAUGCCGACUAGCGAAGCGGAAAGUGAAGGCUACGGCGUGUUGCUGUACUAUCAGUACGUGGAUGUUCCCGAUGACAUGGCAGCAGCGGAUUGGAUGCGACGCAUUUGCGAGGAGCAGGGCCUGCUGGGACGCGUCCGCGUAUCCAAGCAGGGCUUUAACGUCACGGUAGCAGGGAGUACAACCGCCCUUCAUAAGCACAUUUCCUCGCUCUCCCAUCACCCUUCUGGGUGGUUCGCCCAAACCGACUUCAAGCUGGAGCCCUGCGAUUGGCCGCCUGAGCCACGUAUAGCGCGCGAGUGCAAGGUCGACAGUUUGUCAGUGCGAGUGGUCAAGGAGCUGGUAACCCUAUGCCCGGUGGACCUAUCUCUCACAGGCGACCACUUGUCGCCAGCAGAGUUCCACCGGUGUAUGGUGGAAGGGCGGAGGGGGGAGAACCAGGGCGAGGACUGGAGGGGGAGCACGGAACAAGGGGAGAGGGCUGAGGAAGAUAUCGGGGAGAAGGGUGGGAAGAGGGAGUGUGGAGGAGGAGGAGGGGAUGGGAAAGUGGGAGAGGAGGGCGUGCAGGAGAGUGGAGGGCAAAGGGGAAAGGGGGCAGCUGGGGGGGAGAGUCAGGGGGGGCCUGUGCCACGUGGCAUGGUGGUAUUGGACACCAGGAACGUGUACGAGACGCGCAUCGGGCGAUUUGUGCCCCCUGAAGGAGUGGCUUUCAUCGAUCCCUGCAUCCGCCAGUUCAGUGACUUGCCUGCAUGGGUGGACAGACACGAGGAGGAGCUCAAAAAUAAAACCGUGCUUAUGUACUGCACCGGAGGGGUGCGCUGUGAGUCAGCAACAGCCUACCUUCGGUCUAAAGGGCCCGGAUUUCAAGACGUGGUGCAGCUGUCAGGUGGGAUCGUGCGCUAUCUAGAGGCCUUUCCAGAUGGGGGUUUUUUCCGAGGAAAGAACUUCGUGUUUGACCAUCGCCUGGCAGUGCCACCAGCAGCACCACAGCAGGCAACAAUAGGCGCUUGCUGUCUGUGUGAGAAGCCCUUUGACGACUACAGCGGCAGGAAGCGCUGCGUUGCAUGCCGCAUGCUGUUGCUCGUGUGCCCCUCUUGCUCUGAGCCUCAGCCGCACAUCACAUGUGAAAUCUGCCAGAAGGGGAGCUGCAAGGCGGAAGGGGAGGGAAUGGGGGCGAAAGAAGGGACGCUAAAGCAGCAGAGCCAGAAGCCAAAAGAGCAUCAGCAGGAGGAUCCGCAGAGUCAGCGGCUUCAGCAGUUGCCGCAGCAGCUCUCCCCUACUCCAGUGGCCCUGGUGGGUGGAGUAUAAGAAUCCCCAAGGACCCUGGUGGGUGGAUUAUAAGAAUGCUUUUAUGCCGUAGGAGUCCUCCAGGGUCACCAUGGGGUAGGGGAGAGCCGGGGUCAGAAGCAUCCCUCUCCUUUCUCAAGAAGUUGCAAGACAUCCGAAUAAAUAACGAGGUGACUGUCAAGUCAAGUCAAAUGACGCCCGAAUAAAUAAAAACUACUUUC